AGUUCAAAAUUAAUCGGCACCGAAAAUAGCUUUUUCCCACUGCUCACUUUCCUCUUUUUUCAUUUGUGUAUGAGAAGAUGGUGGUUGUUGCAUUCUGAGUCACUUCUCCUCUCUCUCUCUCUCUCUCUCUCUCUCUCUCUCUACCUACUCUACUGACUCAUUCUCCAUUCUUCUCCUUCUCCAAUCCACUCGAAUUUCCCUCUUGGAUUGCUUCGAUUCUGGGCUUUUGGGGGUUCCCUUUUCGUUUUUUUGUCAUUCGGGAAAGUUGAUCUUGCUUUGUUAAGUCAGUGAUUGGCUCCGAUUUCCUGAUUCUGAUGAUUAAUUUUAAUUCAAUCUACGAAUCAUCGCUGAAUUUCUCAUCCAAACCCCAGUUUCUGUGCUCAAUUUCCUCCAAUUUCUAUCACUUAGACAUUUUCCUUGUGAAUUGCUUAUAUUGUCUCCGGUUCCGCCUUAAAAUUUGAUAUCUGCUUGAAUCCUCUUCUUUCACGAUAAUUCCCCGGUUUUCUUUAGAAAAUUAACGAUUCUUUUCUGGGUUCUAUUUGAAUUUGCCAAAAAUGGGGGAUCGGUUAAAGUCAAGUACAAUGGACGACUUGCCCCUCCACUUAAUUCUCGAAAUCCUGACCUCUGGUCGAUUGAGCGCGGCAGAUUUAGUGUGUUUGGAGUUGACUUCCAGGACUUUUUGGGGGAGUCAUGGAUUAUUUCCGGAAAAAUUUCCUUCUUUGGUAGAUUUUGCUGCCUUUAGACUAUGUGGUUCACACCCAAUUUAUUCUUCGCUCCGGAGUAAUGCUCAGAGCGAGCUUUAUAAUAGAUGCAAUGGGAAUUGGAAGCGGGUCUUGAGGUUCUUGCAGUCCGUUGAACAGUCUUCUCACAUGGUUGAGACCGCUGCAGGCAAUCAGAUGCAGAUCAAGAGCGGAAGAUAUCACACUUUGCUGAUCAAUGACUUUGGAGUAUACUCCUGUGGUUCCAGCUUAUGUGGUGUCCUUGGUCAUGGUCCAGAAACAACUCAAUGUGUAGCGUUUAAACCAAUUAGUUUUCCAUAUCCAGCGCAAGUGAUUCAAGUCUCAGCCUCCCACAACCAUGCAGCCUUUGUGACACAGUCUGGAGAGGCUUUCACAUGUGGAGAUAAUUCAUCAUUUUGUUGUGGCCAUAGAGAGACAAGCCGUCCUAUAUUCAGGCCAAAACUUGUCGAAGCACUGAAGAAUAUCCCUUGCAAGCAGGUAGCUGCAGGGUUGAGCUUCACGAUGUUCCUUACACGCCAUGGCCUUGUAUAUACUUGUGGGCUCAACGCACAUGGUCAGCUUGGUCAUGGUGAUACACAGGAUAGGCCUACCCCCCAAAAGGUGGAACUCCUCGAAUGUAUUGCUUCUGUUGUUCAAAUUGCCGCAGGCCCCAGUUAUGGUCUUGCUGUGGCAGAUGAUGGAACACUCUUCUCUUUUGGGUCUGGCACGAAUUUCUGCCUUGGACAUGGAGAGCAGCACAAUGAGCUUCAGCCUCGAGCAAUUCUAUCAUUCAAGAGGAAGGGGACUCAUGUGGUUCGGGUAUCUGCUGGUGAUGAGCAUGUGGUGGCUCUUGACUCCAAUGGACAUGUAUAUACAUGGGGCAAAGGUUAUUGUGGUGCAUUGGGCCAUGGAGAUGAGAUUGAUAAGACAACCCCAGCACACCUAAUCAGUCUCAGAAGCCACCUUGCUGUGCAGGUAUGUGCUAGCAAGAGGAAAACUUUCGUUCUGUUGGAUAAUGGAUCUGUCUACGGCUUUGGUUGGAUGGGUUUUGGAAGCCUUGGUUUUCCAGAUAGGGGAGUCUCUGACAAAGUAUUGAAACCUCGAGUGCUAGACAGCCUCAGAGGCCACCACAUUUCGCAAGUUAGCACAGGCUUGUACCACACUGUGGUAGUCACAAAUCAGGGACAAGUUUUAGGGUUCGGAGAUAAUGAAAGAGCACAGCUGGGGCACGACACCCUCAGGGGUUGCCUUGAACCCACUGAAAUCUUCAUCGAAGAAACUGAAGACAAUGCACAACAAUACAAUAGAUGAUAUUUGUGGAGUUCUUUUAACGUACGGUAGGCUAAUAGUCAAUUUGUGUUUAUAAAAAUACUUUUAUUUUCAUUUCUGCUUGUCGUUAUAUAUUCUUGAUUUGUCAGGGACAACUGCAAAACGGUCGUCAUGUAUUUUAUUAUGGUUUGCAGAAAAGUUUAUCCUUCUGUAUUUUCACAGAUUGUUACUCAUGUAGCUGUCUAGUAAAGGAUCAAAUAUGACUCCAGUUAGGUGUUAAAUGUUCUCUCA